AUAAAGGCAGAACGGUGAAGUAGGAAUAGUCAGAAACGAAGCGGAAAUCCUAAAAUGAAACGGAUCCUGUACAUUAUAGGCUGACAAUGGAGCCCGAAUAUGAUAAUUACGGAAGGAUUAAACUGAGUGAUCGGUGCUCAAUACCGUCAUCAAACAUUCGCCGCCCGGGAAUUUGCUGGUGUGUCGGCCACAAAAUUUGCCUAUUUAGAAGUGAGAUUUUUUUUUUGGGGGUUUCAUCCUAAUGCAAUUUGAUUAUUGGAAAAAUAAAAACCCAUAAAAAUCUCGCCUUGUAAUAUGGUUCACACAUGUAUUAUUUAGUACGUAGGCUGCCACCGGCCAGGAGUUCGUUUGUGGUGGUCGAACGGGUAAAUUCAGAAAACAUCCAGUAUAUCACAAGAAAUCCAACAAGCAAUUUUAUGUGGUCCUAUUCGUUAUUUGUUGGUGUUUGUCUUCCCAAAUUACAUAUGCCAGAUUAUGCGAUGAACAGGAAUAUGCAUCAAAGGCACAAAAGGCGUAAGAAAUCUCCAGAGUCUCUGAGGAAAUCAGAAUGGAUUCUCUGCCACACAACGUGCCCAAAACAUGACAAAUCUAACGGGCCAUAAUCAGAACAUGACAAGUUACUAAAUUAAAUCCAACUCAGAUACGAUAACCCAACCCACCAAAUCCUAAACACGUGUCCGAUGUUAACUAGCUUCAGAAAUUUCCAUCGAGUUAACUUUUUAAAGAUUUCAUCCCAUGUCUGGUUCAUUUCACCACUCCCUACUUUUAAAUGUAGUCAUGUUCCACAACCACCAAGUAGCGUAGAACCUCACAAGGUUCAUGAAUAUGGAUCCUGAUGGUAAAACGGGAAGCAUCUUUUGGUAACCACAAAGAAAGGAUUCUCGAUGCGGAUGACCCACUAGCAUAUCUGCCCCCAGUAUUCUGACUUGACCCUAUUUAAUCUCCGCCACAAUCACCUUACCUUCAAUCCACACCAGAGAAGCACUUUUCUUUUCUUUUUUUUGCUGCUAUCUUUUUCUGUGUUAUCCUUUCAUCUCCUUCUUAGUUUCGUAUCUGACCAUGUUAGAGGGUAAGGCAGUGAUUGGUGAAGCUGAUAUGCUUCAGACUAUGCAGCAUGAUGCCCUGGAUUUAGCAUCUAAAGCACUUGAUUUCUUUGACGUCACAGAGGCCACUGAGAUAGCCCGUUUCAUAAAGAAGGAAUUUGAUAGGACGCAUGGAGCUGGAUGGCAAUGCAUUGUAGGGACAGAUUUUGGUUCUUUUGUGACCCAUUGUUCUGGCUGCUUCAUCUAUUUCUGCAUUGGCAGCUUGGCCAUCUUGCUCUUCAGGGGCUCUACUACCCCAAAAGCAGAGGAAAGUUAGUUCUUGAGGCCAGAGACAGCCACACCAUAACAUUAUUUCUUUUCUUUUCUUUUUAUUUUCUUGAUUCCUCUCCAAGUUGCUACUAUUUGCUGUCUUGCUUCUCAAGAUCAGAUCUACAUCUAUAGUCCAAGCCACACAAUUAGAGGUUUAAAAGUUAUUAAUUGGUGGCUUUUCGUUUCAAGUUUUUUCUUCAAAUUUAUGAAGUUAAAAACUCAUAUUGAUGUAUGAUUUUGUAGUUCUCCAUCUUCUCUUCUUUGACCGACUUGUUGAUGGGUAUAAGAGAAUAUCAAAGGGAAAGAGAGUCAAAUAUUUGAUCCCUUUCGAAA